CACACCCUCAUCAUCAUCAAAAGAUAUGAAAGAACAGUAUCUUUCACGAUAUACAAGUAUCUUACGAAAAUAUACAUGGCCUAACAAUGCAUUAAUCCAAAUACUUUACUAUCAUCAGGAAGUCUGCGCUUUUUAAGUCCCAAUACCCAGUCAUCAAAGCGCCGAAAGCCUUCACACAAGAACCAGCAUAGGAUCAUAAAACCAGUCGCCCAUUCCAUCCUGUGGGUGCAAUAUCCAGUAGUCACCAGAAAUGGCGCCAGAAUUAUCAUCUAAUUGGAAAACCCUACAAUCAAAGAUCAAAGCCGAAUCAACCACAGCCCCAUCAACCUCAGCAUCAAAAGCGAAGAGGAAAGCAGACGAAGGAUCUUCAUCUAAUCCCCACACCAAACGGCAGAAGAUACAAAAGCAGCAGCAAAGGAAACCAUCAAAUCCACCUAAGAAAACACCCCACAAGCCCAACGCAAAAGGACCAAUGGGCAUAACCCAAUCCUCCGUUCUCGCCAAAGGCACACCAAGCACCAUAACCCCCUCCCUCGCCCUCUGGGCCUCAGACAACGAAAUCUCACCCGAAGACCUAGCAGAAGCAUACCACCUCGGCGUGAAAAACAACGCCUCCCUCGUCUCCGCGGAACAGCCCCGAGUAAACGAGGGACUAGCCCCGAAUCUCGAGGUCGGGAAGUACAUCGCGCUAGAUUGUGAAAUGGUCGGCGUAGGACCCGAAGGGCGGGAAUCGGUUCUGGCACGAGUAAGUAUAGUGGAUUUCCACGGGAAACAAGUUUAUGAUUCGUUUGUAAGGCCGCGGGAGCUUGUUACGGAUUGGAGGACCAAUAUUACUGGGAUCACGGCAAGGGUUAUGGCGACUGCGCGGUCGUUUGAGGAGGUGCAGAGUACGGUUGCUUCGCUACUUAAGGAUAGGAUUGUGGUUGGUCAUGAUAUUAGACAUGAUUUCGCGGCGCUACAACUUAGUCAUCCUGCGUCGCAGAUUCGGGAUACGGCGCGGUUCGCGGGGUAUAGGAAAUAUGGGCAUGGCCCGAAGCCGGCGUUGAGGGUGUUGGCGAGGGAGGUUUUGGGCGUGGAGAUACAGACGGGACAUCAUUCGAGUAUUGAGGACGCGAGGGUUGCGAUGCUGCUUUUUCGGAAGAAGAAAUCUGAUUUUGAUGUCCAGCAUGCGGGGAGGUAUGGGUUGCCUACAGAGAAGACGACGGCAGGGGAGACGGUGGGAGGAAGUAUUAAUGGUAGCAAUAGUGGCGGCGGCAGCGUGAAUAAGGGGCAAGCAGCGAAGUCGAAAAAGGGGACAGGUAAGAAGAAAAAGAAGAAGCAUUAAUAGAGAAGGCACCUACCUUAGGCA